AAAUAAGACCGUGUCCUUGCCAUUACAGAACUUAAAUUUUUAGUAGGGAGGCAGACGUUAAACAGAAAGGACGCAUAAUUACGUGAUAAGAAUUACAAAGGGGAAAGUAGAAAGGGCUCUGAAGGUGACUGACAAAGAAUCUAUCUAACCUAGACUGGGGAAGUCAAGACGGUCAGCUGAGAUCUGACUCAAGAGCGAGCUCUGGCCGCAUGAGAAGUGGGAGGAAAGAUUCCAUCAGUUUAUCUCCGACUCCUCAACCCGUGGCCUGGCACACGGCGGAGCACGGGGAUGUUUCUGGUGGUCUAGUCUCAGAAACUUUAUCUCCAGUCUCCACCAUGAUUCCCUUCCAAACCCAGUGGUGCCCAGUUGCCUCCAGGCUUCAGACUCCUAUGUGGACAAGAAAAGCUUACUAAGGAAAUGGUAAUUCUCCAGUUGCUCCCUGAGGUGGUAAGUGGCCCGUUGCAGCCCAUGGAGAUCCACUUCAAUUAUGAAUCUCAAGAACACCGCCUUCUGUCAGAUGGUGAGACUAAGACCAAGAUUGGAGAGGUGGCUUCAGAGGAGGAAAUUACAACAAAAAUUGAACCAUUGCCUGAGGAGUCUGGCAACCCCAGAAAUGAUGUUCUCCAGGAUUCUGAAUGCAGAGGAUUCUGUGAAUUUGGAGAUACAUUAAAUGAAAAGGAUCAAAAUCUCUUUAACAGAAGACAACAUAACUGUGAUGAAUGUGGGCAAAGCUUUGCUUGGAGUGCAGGCCUUAUUAGGCAUCGAAGAACCCAUUGGGAGAAACCCUAUGAAUGUGAUAAGUGUGGAAAGGCCUUUAGUGUGAGCUCAGCUCUGGUUCUGCAUCAGAGAAUUCAUACUGGGGAGAAACCCUAUCCGUGUACUUGGUGUAUUAAAAGUUUCAGUCGGAGCUCAGACCUUAUUAAACAUCAAAGGGUCCACACUGGUGAAAAACCUUAUAAAUGUGAUGAAUGUGGGAAAGCCUUCAGUCAGAGUUCCGAUCUUAUUAUCCAUCAGAGAAUCCAUACAGGAGAAAAGCCCUAUCAGUGCAGUCAUUGUACUAAAAGCUUUAGCCAGCGCUCAGACCUGGUUAAGCAUCAGAGAAUCCAUACUGGAGAGAAGCCUUACACGUGUAACCAGUGUAACAAACAUUUUAGUCAGAGUUCUGAUGUUAUUAAACAUCAAAGAAUCCACACUGGAGAGAAACCAUAUAAAUGUGAUGUGUGUGGAAAAGCCUUCAGUCAGAGCUCAGAUCUUAUUCUGCAUCAGAGAAUCCACACUGGGGAGAAACCAUACCCAUGUAAUCAGUGUAGCAAAAGUUUCAGCCAGAACUCCGACCUUAUUAAACAUCGAAGGAUCCACACUGGAGAAAAACCCUAUAAAUGUAAUGAGUGCGGUAAAGCUUUUAAUCAGAGCUCAGUCCUUAUUCUGCAUCAGAGAAUUCACACUGGGGAGAAACCCUAUCCAUGUAAUCAGUGUAGCAAAACCUUCAGUAGACUUUCAGAUCUUAUGAAUCACCAGCGAAUUCACACAGGAGAGAAACCUUACCCAUGUAGCCAGUGCAGUAAAAUGUUUAGCCGAAGAUCAGACCUUGUUAAACAUCAUAGAAUUCAUACAGGUGAAAAGCCCUAUGAAUGUGAUGAGUGUGGGAAAACCUUUAGUCAGAGCUCAAAUCUUAUUCUACAUCAGAGAAUCCACACUGGAGAGAAACCCUAUCCAUGUAGUGAUUGUCCUAAAAGUUUUAGUCGUCGUUCAGACCUUGUUAAACAUCAAAGAAUACACACUGGAGAGAAGCCGUACGGGUGUAACCAGUGCAGUAAAAGUUUUAGUCAAAGCUCAGACCUCACUAAACAUCAGAGAGUGCACUCUGGGGAAAAGCCCUAUCAUUGUGAUCAUUGUGAGAAAGCCUUCAGUCAGAGUUCCGACCUUAUUCUUCAUCAGAGAAUUCACACGGGAGAAAAACCGUACCCAUGCCCACAGUGCAACAAAAGUUUCAGCCAGAACUCAGACCUCAUCAAACAUCAGAGAAUCCACACUGGGGAGAAACCAUAUAAAUGUCUUGAAUGUGGAAAGGCUUUCAGUCAGUGCUCAGCUCUUAUCCUACAUCAGAGGAUCCACACUGGGGAAAAACCAUAUUCAUGUGAUCAGUGUGGCAAAAGCUUUAGUCGGCGCUCUGAUCUCAUUAACCAUCAAAAAAUCCACGCUAGUGAAAAGCCAUAUAAAUGCGAUGCAUGUGGGAAAGGCUUCAGCACAUGCACUCAACUUACUGAACACCAGGGAAUCCACACUGGGGAGAAACCCCACCGGUGUAGUCAGUGCAACAGAAGUUUUAGCCAGCUCUCUGAUCUUACUGAUCACGAGAUAGUCCAUUCUGGGGAAGACACUAAAUGUGAUGAAUGUGGGAAAACCUUUGGGGUAUACACCAACUUUACUCAGUACCAGAGACACUACACCAGAAAAAAAUCUUAGGAAUGCUAUUGAUGAUUAUGAAAAAGGUUUUAAUCAAUGCUCAACUCUUUUGCUACAGUAAGGGGGAAAAAAACCACUGGACAGAAAAUAAUUUUUACAAUGAAAGUUUCACUGAGAGACAUUACUAAACUUAAAAAUUCUGAGGAGGAAUCCUGUAAUUGGGAAAAGCUUCAGUGUGAACAAAAAUGUUACUGAAGGUCAGCAACAAUGGAAAGGAAUUUCUGUCUGCUAAAAUGUAAAACAAAAACAAAAACAAAAACCUUUAGUCUUUUAUUCAAAUAUAGUCCACAAGGGAAGAGUUUUAUCAUUAAAGAAAUGUAUAAGUAUUAAUGCAGAACCUUAUCAGAUAUUGUAAAAAUCAGUGUGAUGGGGUGUGCAAUCAGAACUCAGAAAGAAGUGUACUAGUGUUAUAAUCUCAAACCUUUAGAGAGCCCUAAUUACCUAUUGCAUAUCCGAGAAGUCACCUUAGAGAAUGUAGGGAAAACUGAAUUCCCUUCCGUAUCUUAAUUGGCAUGUAUUCUGAUGAUCAACAUGCCAUUUAUCUCCUGACAAUGGAAGAGUCCUACCUUAUGCUACUGUUAAUUAUCUGUCAUUAAAUUCCCUCUGUGUGAACAUGCUAUGCUAUUCUGGUAUUAAACUUAUUAACUACGUAACUCCAGUGUCCCAUUUUCUCAGAAAAUUUUCUUUGGCCUAGUUUUGGUUUUCCUAAUGCAUAUGACUUUUCAAGUUCCUGCAGUAUUCACAGCAAAUAUGGACUUGUUUUGCUUUCACUAAUGUAGCCCAUAAACUUGAUUGGUUUGAAAUCCUUCUUCACUACCAUUUAAUCACAGCUCCUAAAUAUGUGAAACAAUUUUUUUAAAAAAGACUUCCAUAUGUCAGAGUGUAUUUCUCUUCCACUAUGUGUAUCUUGUCUCUAUAGAUUGAACAAAAAUGAGAGCCAAAGUAAUAUCCAGUAUGACUAAUUUGUAUAGCAUAUUCUGUCUAAAAAUAAAAAGACAUUGAUUUUUUUCAAGUGGCAA